CUCUUGCAUCAGCACUGAGAUCAAACCCCUCACACAUGAGAGAGCUGCGGCUGAGUGUGAAUGAAGCAGGAAACUCAGGAGUGAAGCAUCUUUCUUCUCUUCUGGAGGAUCCCAACUGUAAACUGGAGAAACUACAUCUCUACGAACUGUUGCCGACACGAGUAUCAGCUGCGAGGAAGACGUCUGGUCAUCUGUUCCGCCAGCCCAUGCUGCAGUGGAGACAAGGACGACAGCCAUCUUGCCAUUGUGGUCUGAGUGAGUGCAUGCAUUUUCUUUUGGCGCUUACGCGCGAAGUAGCCAUCUUGUUUCAAGGCUCCUACGCACACAAGCACCGUUUCAGGCCUGCACCGAGCUCCGGACUGAUUGAGUAUCAUUUACAUAACUUUAUUUAGUUAUUGCCGGCUAUAGGAUUAUAGGAUUGGGGUUACUUUGAAAGUGUAUUUCAUACUGCAGUGUAUUGAAUGUGUCCUAUGACUGUGAUCUAAAGCCUAAAGCUAUUCAUUUAUUUUUGCAAAGUAAAAAGAUUUAUAUUUUCAUUACAAUUCAUGUUUGUUGUUGAUGCUUCUACAUUGUAGAUAUUCUCAUUUAGUUAAAAAGGGGAUUUCAUUAGUUCAUAGAGCUCAAGCAUACAUAUCAAAACAAAAACACAAUUAUUACUUUUCCUUUUAAAAGAACUCAGGGCGUCCCAAAGAGUGAGAAAGAGUGUAUUUAAUGAGACAUGCCCACCACAGCGGCAUUGGGGCGCUACACAAAAUGGAGGCACUGCUGAGAUGUUUUGAAUGUUUGUAGCUUUGAACAUUAGAUAUUUUGCAAUUGCUUUGAUUUGAGAAUAUCUUAGUUGUAACAUAAUUUGUUAUUGAGAGAUAUUGUGAUUUUUUGCCAUGGAGUCGCGGCCUUAUCCGAAAGAGAGUUUUAAAGCGGAGCUGCUUCAAUGGUGCAGAGGUGAAAAUAUUGAUUCUAGUCAUGCAAUAUUAGUGAUUGGUGUUGACGAAGAUUUUGCAGUAGGCCAAAUUGAAGACGUCUUGCAUACUGUGAGAUGUUGGGGACGUGUGAGAGUAAGGGGUAGGAUUUUCAACAGUGACGCGGAUGGUCUCUUGGUUCUUUGUGAAUGUAAAGAAGAGCUAGAUCCACGGUUGGUUCCCCCUGAAGUGCGGCCUGCUGAUAGUGAAGUAGUGUGGAGAAUUGUGAUAGCUGACCAAAAUCUCCCCACCCCUGAUGAUUUUUCUGCAAAGUUGAGAGACUUUUUACGGACUGAAGGUAAAACGUCAGCUGAUUUAAAAGAUUUUUGCAAUCCGUCUGUUCCUCUGCGAGAACCUGAGGAGGCAGUUUUGCGUGCAAUGGUUGAUGUGGUGAGCCGCGCUAACAAAAGCCAGGCUGAGAAUCACGGUUAUCGCCGUCUUCGGAUUUUUUCAGGUGUCACUCCCACCCCGGCUGGGGAGGAAUCUAUGGAGUAUUGGCUUGAACAGGCCACAGUAAUGGUUCAAGAGAGUGACUUGGCUGAACAAGAAAAAAGGCGUAGAAUAUUGGAAUGUUUGAGAGGCCCUGCUUUAGAGGUAGUGAAGUCUUUGCGCCUUAGUAAGCCAGGUGCCAGCUCUGAGGAAUUGUUAGAGGCGCUGGAUAGUGCAUUUGGAUCUGCCGAGUCUGGCGAAGACCUCUAUUUCUCUUUCCGUCUCAUACAACAGAAGGCUGGUGAGACUUUGUCAGAUUAUGUUCGGAGACUUGAGCCUUUUCUGGCUAAAGUGGUUAAGAAAGGUGGUAUUUCAGUCCAAGAUAAAGAUAGAGUAAGAGUUGAACAGUUGCUUCGGGGAGCGAUUAGUUCAGACCUGAUGCUGUUACAGCUACGGCUGAAAGAGAGACGGAGUAACCCUCCAAAUUUCCUUGAUUUGCUAGCUGAAAUAAGGACUGAAGAAGAACACGAGCGUACACGGCAAAAGGUGAACACACGUGUUCGGAAGGUUGCAGCUCAAGAUGAGUCUGAAGCUGAAGUAGAUGUUGUUGAGGGGCUGAAGGCUGAUUUCAAGGCCCUGAAAGCUCAAGUGUCUGAGAUGGUAAAGAGGCCCUCUUGUGUUAAAGAGGAGGCUGAUGUUCAUACGUCUGCGCCUCAGUCGUUUCACUCAGGCAACGACCAGGCUGAAGCUGUUGCUUUGCGGAAAAAAGUUAACAGGUUAAAGCAGAAAUUAAAGAAUAAGGGAAAUAGGGAGGUAGAACAGCCAGUUACGGUUGCUGCUGUUGAGAGCGCGGGGCGUGGCUUUUCCAGCCCAAAGCAGAGUCAAAGGGGGGAUGAUGACCGCUUCUGCUACAGGUGUGGAGAAGACGGCCAUAUCGCUUCGAAAUGUUCAUCCACUGAGAAUGAGAAAAAGGUGAUCAGGAAGCUCAUCGCUUCACUUAACAAAGCUAAAGACAAGCGUGUUCCUGAAGGCGAAACCACUCAUUGCUCAGUUAGAAAACAAGCUGUACAUGCCAAAAUGACCGCCUCAUUUCCUGAGGGUCUGAUUGGUCCUCCGUCCACUGUACAGGUUAAAGUGAAUGGUCAUCCCUGUACUGCUAUUUUGGAUAGUGGGUCACAAGUGACCAUAAUCUUUGAGAAAUGGUAUGAGAAACACUUGUCUUGUGUACCCAUUCAGCCAGUGACGGGUUUAGCCAUUUGGGGUCUUAGUGACACAAGCUACCCGUACAAAGGAUAUGUUGUGGUAGAUAUGCAGUUCCCAAAAGAGCUUGUUGGUAAGACUGAGACAUUGUCGGUGUUGGCAUUGAUUUGCCCUGGGCCUAACACACCGGAUCAGGUCCCAGUGAUCUUGGGCACUAAUGCUAGCUUGUUUCAUAGGCUUGCUGCUCUGUGUGACCAUUCAAAGAGUGAAACGCUAGCUCGUGCAUUGAACGUCAGUGGGCUUGGGCCUAAAAAAGAGACUGCAUUACAUAGCCUUGCUGAGGUUGAUUCAGAUGAGGCUGUGGGUAUAGUGAAAUGGAUGGGUCCUGGUCAUUUGACCAUCCCACCACAAGAAAGCCGUUGUGUGUCAUGUCAACUUGAAUUUUCGCAGCCAGUGCCUAAAGGCAUAGUUGUAGUGGAAGCAAGUGACGCCAUGCCAUUGCCUCAAGGGGUAAUGUUCCAACCAGUAGUAGCACCGGCUAAUGCUAUUGAUAGCAAAAGUUUCUCUCUGUUAUUACAGAAUGAGACAAAGAGAGAGGUUACCAUACUUAAAGGCAUGCCUCUGGGGAAAGUACAGCCUGCUGAUUUGGCUAGCUCCCCAGUGAGAAGUGAGAUGUCUGGAGAGAUGGAUCCAAGCUUAAUUGAUUUUGGUGAUUCUCCCAUUCCUAAUGAAUGGAGAGAGAGACUUAGGAGAAAGUUGUGUCGCCGGCGUAACGUGUUUUCGCUCCAUGAGUGGGAGGUUGGCUUAGCUAAGGGAGUAGAGCACAACAUUCGUCUGUCUGACCCCCGACCGUUUCGGGAGAGGUCCAGACGUCUUACGCCUGCUGACAUAGAUGACGUGCGUAAACACCUCCAAGACCUGCUAGCUACAGGAGUGAUCAAAGAGUCACGGAGUCCAUACGCAUCACCUAUCGUGAUUGCGAGAAAGAAAAAUGGUAGUGUGCGUAUGUGCAUUGACUACCGGACUCUAAACAAUAAGACAAUUCCUGAUCAGUAUACAACCCCACGCAUCGAUGAUGCAUUGGACUGUUUAGCUGGAAGUCGCUGGUUCUCCGUAUUAGAUCUCCGUAGUGGUUAUUACCAAAUAGCCAUGGCAGAGGAGGACAAGGAGAAAACCGCGUUUAUAUGUCCUCUUGGCUUUUACCAAUUUGAACGGAUGCCGCAGGGAGUGAUGGGAGCUCCUGCGACAUUUCAACGUUUAAUGGAGAAGGCAGUAGGUGACAUGAAUUUGUUACAAGUCCUUGUUUAUUUGGACGAUUUGAUUGUCUUUGGUGCAACGUUGGAGGAACAUGAGGAGAGACUUUUUAAGGUGUUAGACCGUCUGGAGGAAGUGGGUCUCAAGGUGUCGCUGGACAAGUGCCACUUCUGUCAGCCUAGAGUUAAAUAUGUUGGUCAUAUUGUGUCGGCUGAUGGAAUUUCCACUGACCCAUCUAAGGUGGAGGCUGUCACCCAGUGGCCACAGCCUACUGAUUUGAAGUCGUUGAGGUCGUUCCUUGGCUUCUGCGGCUAUUACCGCAGAUUCGUAGCCAAUUAUUCCUCCAUUGUGAAGCCAUUGACCGAACUCACCAAAGGGUAUCCUCCUGUAAGGAAGGGUAAAAAGCCUAGUGUAGUGAAAGACCAACAGUACUACAAAGAAUCCGAACCAUUUGGCUCGCGAUGGACAGAAGCGUGUACUAGAGCGUUCCGUGAGAUCAUCAGGCGCCUUACAAAUGCACCUGUAUUGGCCUUUGCGGACCCGAACAAGCCCUAUGUGCUACACAUUGACGCCAGCCUUAAAGGGUUGGGGGCUGUUUUGAAUCAAGUGCACCCCGAGGGUCUUAGACCUGUUGCAUUUGCCAGCAGAGGUUUGAAUGCUGCAGAACAGAGGUAUCAUAUUCUCCAGCUUGAGUUUUUAGCACUCAAGUGGGCAGUGGUGGAUAAGUUCCACGAUUAUUUAUAUGGAGUGAGAUUCACUGUGAUGACGGAUAACAAUCCGCUCACUUACGUGUUGACUACCGGGAAGCUUAAUGCUACAGGGCAUAGAUGGCUUGCUGCCUUAGCCACGUAUGAUUUUGAGAUCAAAUACCGCCCUGGCAAAGUCAAUAUCGAUGCCGAUUUGCUUUCCCGUAACUGGAUUGAUGAGGAUGCUGAGCCAUGGAAGAGACUGUCUCAGAGUGAUGUGAGGACAAUUUGUGGUCGUGUGCAUGCACAGGAGCUGCGUGAUAGUGAUGUGCGUGUGGCCGAUAGACUAGGAGUGCCCGCAGAAGGUGUUCCUGAGCUGUAUGCUUUUGCCACUCAUCUCAACUUGGGUCAACUAGAACAGUUCACCCGGGACGAUUUGCGAAAAGCGCAGUUCGAGGACAGUGUUCUCAGAGUAGUUAGAGAGGCCAUGGACACUGGCCAGUGGCCAUCUAACUUGAGUCAGUUUGAUUCUGAUGUCGCUUUGUUGAAGCGUGAGAGUCAGAAAUUGAGAAUUGAAGAUGGACUGUUGUACAGAGUUACACACAAAGCAUCUGGAAAAGAAAUACAUCAAUUGCUACUGCCCAAGCAGUUCAGGAUGCAGGUGAUUCAUGCUUUGCAUGAUGAUAUGGGACACUUGGGGGUAGAGAGGACUGUAGACCUGGUGAGAGACAGGUUUUAUUGGCCGAAAAUGACUCAGACUGUAGAGAAGUACAUAGGUAACUGUGGGAGGUGUGUAACGUGGAAGAGUCCAUGUGCCCGAGCUGCUCCAUUACAUCAAAUCACCUCUAGUGGUCCCAUGGAGCUGGUAUGUAUCGACUUCUUGUCGUUAGAGCCAGACUCAAGUGGAAUUGGAAACAUACUGGUAGUCACGGAUCAUUUUAGUCGCUAUGCGCAAGCAUACCCUACUAAAGAUCAAAAAGCAGUGACCGUGGCUAAAGUCUUGGUUGAGAGGUUUUUUGUUCACUAUGGCCUGCCGGCCCGAAUUCAUUCGGACCAGGGCCGUGACUUUGAAAGCCGAUUGAUUAAGGAACUUUUGAGGACUUUGGGGAUCCGUAAGUCCAGAACGACUCCCUACCAUCCCCAAGGGGACCCACAACCUGAGCGUUUUAAUAGAACGUUGCUUUCUAUGUUGGGGACCUUGAGGGACACACAUAAGCGACAGUGGAGCCGUCAUGUCAGUCAGCUUGUACAUGCGUACAAUAGCACUAAGAAUGAUGCCACAGGGUUUUCACCCUAUUACAUCAUGUUUGGCAGAGAGGCUAGAUUGCCUAUUGAUGUGUGUUUUGGAACUGAUGGACAAGACGCAGUCAGUCAUUCCCGCUAUGUGGAAGAACUGAAACGUGAUUUGCAGAGCGCAUAUGAGCUUGCUGCUAAAUCAGCAACACAGGUUCACUUGCGAAACAAAAGGAACUAUGAGAGAGUCUUGCGCAACCAAGUGUUAUCCAAGGGUGACCGAGUACUCUUGAAGAACUUGGGGUUGAAAGGAAAGCAUAAGUUACAGAGUCGGUGGAACUCUUUACCUUAUGUGGUGGUAGAAAAGCUCCCUGAUUUGCCUGUUUACAGGGUGAGGCCUGAGAGUGGUAUGGGGAAGCUUAGGACCAUUCACAGAGACAACAUUUUGCCAAUUGGUAGUCUAGUGAGGAUAUCUGAUGAGCAGGAAGCUCAAAUUCCUGUGAAUAGACCUGUGACUAGGACUCAGAGGAGGUCAGUGCCGCAGCAGUCACGUAGGCUGGAACCUCAAGAGAAUACAGGUUACUUAGAUGAAGAGUCUAGUGAAUCUGAGUGUGAAGUACGACCAGUCAUCAGAUGGAGGUUGGAGCGUGAUGAUUUUGGAGAUCAUGUCUCUGAGAGAACCCGUGAAUGUGUGUUACCAGUAGUGGACACUGCUGAUGAACAUGAGAAUGUGUCUGAUCAUGCUGGUGAUGAUGAGCCUGACAUUGUUUCAGAGGUUGAGGAUGUCAUCACAGAUGUCAGUGAUGGUGAGAUAAUGGUUAAUGAUGCAGAGACACCUGUUGGACAAAGAGAUAAUGCUGUGUCUGAGAGAAAUUCACCUGUGAUUGCGAAUGAGGAUAUUCGACCUCAGGAAAGUUCCCCUGUUAGAGAGAAGAGGUCUAUUAAACCUGUUAUCAGACUAAGUUAUGAUGAACCAGGAAGACCUAAGGACCAGCCUUUGACUAUAGUUCAUAGGGGUGUAGUCAUUAAGAUUGGUUAGAGUGAAAUUCAUUGUUCAUUGAAUAAGGUUUCAUAGGGACAUGAAAACCAUUUAAGUGGGGGAGGAUGUAGCCCAAUGGGAUUUUGGGUCUAAGUUCAUGUUUCUAUUUUCUUUGAUUUUCAUUAAAAUGUAAAUUCAUAAUGUUUAAAAUGUGGAUUUAGAAAUGUUAGUAAUGUUAAAAUAAUGUUUACUUGUCAUUAGAAUUAUUAAGUUAGUUAAAAUGUUUUCUUUAAUGAGAAUUUAAUCAGCCACCGGGGUAAAGGUCAGGUGGAGACAGGAAGUGAAGUGCGUGAUGGAGAACGAGAGGAGAAGAAGGAGAGACACGAGUGUGUGAAGCUGUUCUGCCAUGCUGCUAGAAAGAGACUGAGUUUGUAAUACACCAACUAAGUUUAUUAGUGUGAAUGUGCAUAGACAAACGGACAGUUAGUCUUUAUUGUUACUUCACAUUAGUGUAGCAGUGUUUUAGAGCGCUUACUGUCGUGUUUUAUGUUAAGAAUUUUACCGCGAGUACCGCGAGUUGAUUCAGAGGAGCUAGUCAGCUCGACCUAGCUCAUUGCUUCGUGAGAGACUUUGUGAGAAGCUAACACAGCUACUCAUCCACGCAGUCUCUACGAACUGUUGCCGACACGAGUAUCAGCUGCGAGGAAGACGUCUGGUCAUCUGUUCCGCCAGCCCAUGCUGCAGUGGAGACAAGGACGACAGCCAUCUUGCCAUUGUGGUCUGAGUGAGUGCAUGCAUUUUCUUUUGGCGCUUACGCGCGAAGUAGCCAUCUUGUUUCAAGGCUCCUACGCACACAAGCACCGUUUCAGGCCUGCACCGAGCUCCGGACUGAUUGAGUAUCAUUUACAUAACUUUAUUUAGUUAUUGCCGGCUAUAGGAUUAUAGGAUUGGGGUUACUUUGAAAGUGUAUUUCAUACUGCAGUGUAUUGAAUGUGUCCUAUGACUGUGAUCUAAAGCCUAAAGCUAUUCAUUUAUUUUUGCAAAGUAAAAAGAUUUAUAUUUUCAUUACAA